AUGGCGAAGAGCAAGGCUGCGAAGCCGCCCAAGUCACGGCCCGCAGCGACCACGGCCCUGGCACAGUCUCUGCAUGGCGCUUCAGACACAAAUAUAAGCGCGUUCAGUGCGGACGGCAGCUUGUUUGCACAGCUCUCGCAGGCCGUGGACCGUUGUCGUUUGCGCGUGCAUGCAGCGCCGACGUCUGCACUUGUGGCCGAUUUUUUGCUACCGGAGAGUGUCGCAUGCCGUGCUAUGGCAUGGGUAACCGUAGGCGGUGCUGAUGGCAGUGCGGACGCGAGCGCGUCCAAGAAACGCAAGGCCAAGGCGCCCGCACGCGCCGCCGAGCUAGAUGUACCGCACGUCGCGCUCGGUCUUGCGAACGGCACUGUGCUGCUCUACUCGCCACAGCUUGCCAAUGUAGUGCGCAUCCUUGUUGCAAGCACUGCCGAUGCGAUGAAUGCCGGCAUCACGAGCCUGUCAUUUGCGCAUGAGCGCCGUAUGCUCUGGGCAUCCACGCAAAAUGGCUGGGUCCAAGGAUGGGCGUUGGACGAUGCAAAUAACGACCGCGCUCCGCCCACGCGCCACUUUUUGCCGGACACCAAGUCGCCCGUUCGUCUUGUGCAAUGUGGUCCCGACUCGACUAUCCUCACUGCCCACCACGCCGUGGCACUCUUUUCCACUGCCACCGAGCCGCCGGCGGAGCGUAUGCAUUGCACAGGCCAUGCAUCUCCGAUUACACACCUUGCCUGGGCUGCAGACGACGCAUUCCUAAGUGCCGCUGAAGGAGAUCGGCACCUGUACUUUUGGCGCGCCGCCCCAAGCGACCGCGCCGUCCAAGCGCAAGGAAUGCUUACACUCGACGCGCCUGCACGGCGCUUGUGUACUUGGACAGCCCCGGGCGAGGAUGCUGGUCUGCUGCUUGCGAUUUCCGAGCGUGGAACUGCCGACGUGUAUAGAUUGCCAACAAAGGAUGCCGUGCCGAAAAAGGGGCUCUUGUCCAUGGAGCGCGCCGCUUCUUUUUCUCUCGGCGCACACGCCGCAGAGCUGAUGGAUGCACACAUCAAUGACGAUGGCACGCGAGUGUGCAUUGCACGCGCACGCAAGAAUGUCAAGAUUGUGUUGGAAGAAGCUGCGCUGCGUGAUCCAAGCGGCGCGCUGCUUUCCAAUGUACUUUUUGGCGCCGCGCUGCCCACGCCGGAUACAAGCGCUGACAGCACGACGCAGCGGUACACUGACACGACGGGUGCUGCCGGCGCGCGCGUAGAGCUUCCGAGCCAUGCCGCCCAUGCAGCUGCUCUUUUCGGUACGGAGGGCGGUCUUCUUCCCGAGCUAAAGCCGUUGGACGACAGCAGUGAAGCGAUGGACGAGCCGAGCUUGGCGCAGCGGCUCAAGGCGCUCAAGGUACAGCGUGGAGAGCCUGUAGAGGAAGAGGACGAUACCGAAGACGCACAGCCGUUCGUCCCGGUGGGCAGCGCGUCGCUUGCAUCCUCGCUUACACAGGCACUUCAUUCCGGCGAUCAGGCGCUCUUGACUGCUUCCUUGGUGCACUCCGACCCCAACUUGAUCCGGACGACGGUGCGUCGCAUUUCGGGGCCGCUCGCCGUGCGUCUUUUGGAGAGCUGCGUGGAGCGCUUGAGCCGCGGGGGAGUGAAGAGCAAAGGCGCACUGGGCAGUGCGCGCGCGCGGGGAAUUGUCGAAUGGAUCCAUCAGGCGCUCACAUGUCAUACUGCGUACCUCAUGUCGCUCCCCGAUCUUGUCGCGCGCCUUGCGCAGCUGCACCACAGUCUGGCGGCGCGCCUUGCUUCGUACCAGCGCCUCUUGGCGCUCAAGGGGCGCUUGGAGCUUGUCAUGUCCCAGAUUGAUAUGCAUAUGGCGUAUACACCCAAUGAGGCGCCUCUUCAGGUCCAGGGCCAGAAAAUGGGGAAGCGCGCACAGGCAGCGGAGCUUGCGCGGCGCCAAGACGCGGUGCAUGCGCGCGAGCAUGGCCAGACUUGGAUCGAGCCUGAGGAAGAGGAAGAGGAUAUCGAGGAGAUUGGGCUGGAUGCUCACGAUGGUAUGCUUGUGGACGACGAAGCGAUCUCUGUCGGCAGCGUGGAUGAAGAUGAUCUUGAUGCCGACCUCGAUGAGCAGGAUGAGGAGGAAGAAGAAGACGAGGAGGAGGAGGAGGAAGAAGAAGACUCUUCUUCCCUCGAAGACGACCUCCACGACGAAUCCACCGAUGCGGACGAUAGCGACGACAUUGCUAGCUCCGACGAUGAGAACGAGCACACCGUCGAAGAAAUGCUGGACCCUGCGUCCGAAAGCGACGAGGAAAUGGAGUAG